AUGAUGGAAGAGUUCGAGAUGACUGAUCUUGGCCUCAUGAAGUAUAUUCUCGGCUUUCAAGUGAAACAAUCAUGUGGUGAGAUUUUUAUUUCACAAGAAAAAUAUGCAGAGGACCUGCUGAAGAAGUUCCAGAUGACGACCUGCAAACCAGUUCUAACACCAAUGGCUGUGAGGGCUAUUCAGAGAUUCAUGAGCAAACCCAGCAAGAUUCACUAUGCUGCAGCAAAGAGAUUUCUCAGGUACUUGCAGAGAACAAAAACUUUUGGGCUCAGAUAUGUCAAGAAAUCGAGCAACAAGCUGGUUGGAUUCGCGGAUAGUGAUUGGGCAAGUUCGAUAGUUGAUAGAAGAAGCACUUCGGGAUAUCUUUUUUGCUUGGGAUCGAAGUUAAUUUCCUGGAGCUCGAGGAAGCAAAAUAUUGUCGCUUUAUCUUCUGCAGAAGCAGAAUAUGCAGCAGCAACAAGUGCAGCAUGUGAAGCUGUUUGGCUAAGGGGAAACUUGACUGACCUGCAGCGGAAAGAAGAAGAGCCGACUGUCAUUUUCUGCGACAAUAUGUCAGUAGCCAUGACAAAAAGUCCCGUUUUUCAUGCCAGGAGUAAGCAUAUUGAACUCCACCAUCAUUUAUUCGCGACUUGGUGA